CAUAUUCAUUUCUCAAUAUCACAUCAAAAAGUGGAGCCAAAAAAUUAUUGAGAUACCCUUCAGCAUAUAACAUCUUAUCAAAAGAAAAACAUUUUUCACAGUUUUUCUUCUCUUCAAUCAUCUUGUUGGAGCUGAAAUUUCAUUGUAGGAUUCUCUAACAAAGAUAAAGACAUGGUACUUGCUGCAAACCAUGGUGAGAAAGAAGGUUCUGAAGGCAUUCCUGCGCUCGAUUUUCGAGGCUACCCGGCCGAUAAGUCGAAAACCGGAGGAUGGCUAGCAGCAGGGCUCAUCUUAGGAACUGAACUAGCUGAAAGAAUAUGUGUUAUGGGAAUAUCUAUGAACUUGGUGACAUACUUGGUUGGAACUUUGAAUCUUCCAUCAGCUAAAUCUGCUACAAUAUUGACCAAUUUUAUGGGAACUCUCAACCUUCUUGGCCUCCUUGGUGGCUUCUUAGCUGAUGCAAAACUUGGCAGAUACAUUACUGUUGCUAUAUCUGCAACCAUAGCUGCUCUGGGAGUGUGUUUGUUAACUGUGGCAACAGCCAUUCCUUCAAUGAGGCCUCCUCAAUGCAAUGAAGUAAGAAAACAACACCAUGAAUGCAUUCAAGCCAGUGGAAAACAAUUGGCUCUUCUAUUUGUAGCACUUUACACCAUAGCAUUAGGUGGAGGAGGAAUAAAAUCCAAUGUCUCUGGGUUUGGAUCAGAUCAGUUUGAUACCACAGAUCCUAAGGAGGAAAAGAAGAUGAUCUUUUUCUUCAAUAGGUUCUACUUCUUCAUCAGCAUUGGAUCCUUAUUUGCUGUGGUGGUUCUUGUGUAUAUCCAAGAUAAUGUAGGAAGAAGUUGGGGAUAUGGAAUCUCAGCAGGGACAAUGGUUCUUGCUGUUGCUAUUUUGCUUUGUGGAACACCAUUCUAUAGAUUCAAGAGGCCUCAAGGUAGCCCUUUAACUGUUAUAUGGAGGGUUUUGAUUUUGGCUUGGAACAAGAGGAAUCUUUCUAUGCCAUCAGAUCCUAGCUUUCUCAAUGGCUACCAUGAAGCUAAUGUACCAUAUACAGAGAAAUUUAGGUUCCUUGACAAAGCUGCUAUCCUAGAUGAGAACUGUUCAAAAUAUGAAAACAAGAACGAUGUAUGGUUAGUUUCAACAGUAACUGAGGUUGAGGAGGUUAAGAUGGUAAUUAAGCUCAUCCCAAUUUGGUCAACAUGCAUUCUCUUUUGGACAAUCUAUUCCCAAAUGAACACCUUCACCAUAGAGCAAGCUACAUUCAUGGACAGAAAAGUUUCUUCUUUUGUUGUCCCUUCAGGAUCACUAUCAGCUUUUCUCUUCAUCACCAUUCUCCUUUUCACUUCCCUGAACGAGAAACUCACCGUGCCAUUGGCUCGGAAACUCACUCACAACACCCAAGGGCUCACAAGUCUUCAAAGGGUCGGAAUUGGACUCGUUUUCUCCAUCUGCGCCAUGGUGGUUUCAGCAAACAUUGAGAGAGAACGAAGGGAGAAUGCUGUUAAGAAUAACACUAUUAUAAGCGCGUUCUGGCUAGUCCCUCAGUUUUUUCUCGUAGGUGCCGGCGAAGCAUUUGCCUAUGUAGGACAACUCGAGUUUUUCAUCAGGGAGGCACCGGAGAGGAUGAAAUCUCUCAGCACUGGUUUUUUCCUAACUACCCUCUCAAUGGGGUUCUUUGUUAGCAGUUUAUUGGUGUCAAUAGUGGACAAGGUAACUAAUAAAAGAUGGCUCAAGAGCAACAUGAACAAGGGCAAAUUGGACUAUUUCUAUUGGAUGCUGGCUAUACUAGGAGCAUUGAAUUUCAUACUCUUUGUUGUCUUGGCAAUGAGGCAUCAAUACAAAGUUCAGAACAACAUGAAGCCUAAUAAUGACAGUGGAGAAAAGGAACUGGUGAGUGCAAAUGAUGUGAUCAUUGGUGUUGAUGGAAAGGAAGAAGCCUAGGGCAUAUAUGUAUAUAUUCUUUAAAAUAGUUGGUCAAUUUAUUUGGCCCUAUAUGUAUAGUGUGCAAGAACACCAUGUUUUGUUAAUUUGAGUGAUUUGCAGAACAUUCUUUGCACAAUAUUCGUUUGAACUAUAUCAAUUUUCAUGUACUUUUAUGUAUUGUGAAAUAUAUAUCAAAUGCUCAAGCUGCAUUUUAUGUUA